GCCCUUAGGCGCCACCUGCUGCACAGUAUGGCACAGAAAGAGCCCGUUUCCGAGAAGGAACUGCGAGACAGGAAGCACCGAACAUCCGCUGAAAUUAGUUUAUUGUUUAUUCGUACUUGCUGUAAACAAAAGGUCGCCAUACGUUGAGGCUGUAAACCAGGCGCACGUCCGUACUUGUGCAUUAGCGCGAACUUGUGCGUUGUUGUUUUGAAACAGCUGAUUAAAACAGCGACAUGCUGAUAUACCGCUGACACCGCCGAGGCAUACCGAGGUGCCGCGACUGACGUGUCUGCGUGCUUGACCCAGUUUUCAACAGUGCUCACAAGGAGUGCAAGAGAAAGGUGUUUCUAAUGGGCCAUGACUACAGAAGUUGCUGAAGUUUCCAUGUGGAUUACACGCGGUCGAUAGAUCUCUUGCAUCAGGGGGAAAAAAAGGAGAGAGAGAGAGACGACUAUGGAGGUGCCAUGAAUGCGGAUGGUUGGCCGCAUUUGCUGUAAAAGUCGUGGCAAGCGUUUCGGCUUGUUUGCCUCGUGGAGUACUUAUCAGUGCCCAUCGCAGACUGUUGCCGCUUGUACCUAAAAUGGAGUGUUGAGAGCCCAAUGAACAGAGGAAAAGGCUAACGCCUCCUCUACUGGGCCAGCGCCUCACAGGGCCAGUCAGACGUCGUCUGCUCGCAUAUAUGGAGUCGUACCGACGGAAGCGGAGAGACGCUUUCCGAUUGCUGUCAGCGGGGCGCCUUGUGGGCCGCCGUUGGCGUCUGUUCCAGAGGACUCAACAGCAAGAAGGCGAUCUGGUGCUGACAUUCUCAGCUAAUACAGAUGCUUCAGUGGUGUCAUGGUUCCAGGAACGGCUGCACAGAAAGGUUCCUCAGCUCAUUGUCCAGCUCUGUCGCCACCCACAAAUGGGUCAAGCUGCACUCUACUGCAGUCCUGUCGCUGAGCACCUGCUCCUACGUGGGGCCGAGGAGUUGCGGCUGCGCAAGCGCUUGCGCCCAGAGUGGGGUGGGGGCCACCGAGAGUUCACUUGUGCCGAGCAAGACUGCUUUGAAGGGAGCGGCCAGCUUAGUGGCCAGGAGCGGCAACGGGUGAUGCUGCACUGGCUGCGGGAGGCACUGCGUGCUUCUGGGCCAGGGGACCAUCCGGGCCCACCAUCAGGGCAUCGAACACCUUGCCUCGAGGGCCAGUGUCUGGUGGAAUGGUGCCUUGCAGAAGGCCUGCUCUGUCAGCUGGUGGCCCUACACUCUCCCAAGGAGUUAGACUGGCUCAAGAAACACUGGGUGCUAGCUUUCUUUCGGCAGCAGCCACUAGAACGUGUGCGGAACUACUUUGGUGCUAAGGUGGCCAUGUACUUUGCCUGGCUGGGCCACUACACAUGGUCUCUGGCUGUGCCAGCCAUUGUUGGUCUGCUUGUGGGCCUGUCUUGUGGCUCUCACGGAGAACAGGCGCAGGAGGACGCAUGCUUGGUGGGCUUUACACUGCUCAACAUGCUUUGGGCGACCAUCUACCUCGAGCUGUGGAAACGAUACUCUUCUGAGCUUUCCUACCAGUGGGGCACUCUGGAUGAGCAGAACGAGCUGCUUGUAGAGCCACGGCCUCAGUUCAGGGGUGAGCCCAGCCGGAGUCCUGUGACGGGGCGCUUAGAGCCCAACUAUCCUGGCUGGAGGAGGCACCUGUUCCGAUAUCUUGUGACACUGCCAGUGGUGGCUUGCUGCCUUCUGAUUGUAGUACUGGCCGUCUUCCUCAUCUUUCAGCUCCAGCACUGGUGGGACGAGUGGCGUGUCCAGAGGCACUUUCUAGGCAACUUUUCUUUCUUGCCUAAGAUACUGCUGGCUGUGGUGAUCCACGUGCUUGACACCGUCUACUACCGCAUUGCUCUCUGGCUUAAUGACAUGGAGAACUACAGGCUGGAUCAGGACUACGAAGAUCAGCUGAUUAUAAAGAUUGCAGUGUUCCAGUUUGUCAACUCGUUCCUGUCACUCUUCUACAUUGCCUUCUACCUCCAAGACAUGGAGCAGCUUCGAGAGCAACUUGCAACACUUUUGAUCACACGUCAAGUCCUCGGAAAUAUCAAGGAGAGUGUCAUACCAUUCUUGGUAGAGAGGCUGCACUUGGCUUGCCUCGAGUUGAGCAGCACUGAAGAAUCUCCGUCAAGUGCAACACCUGAAGAAAGUCCAGCCACCAGCAGUGCAUCAACACCCAAGUUAAGCCAGGGUGAAAUAGAGUGUGCCAUGUUCAAGUACGAAGGCACCUUUGAGGACUACCUGGAGAUGUUCAUCCAGUUUGGCCAUGUGACCCUCUUCUCAUCUGCCUUUCCAUGGGCUGCUCUGUGCGCCUUGCUCAACAACCUAGUUGAAGUGCGCAGCGAUGCCUUCAAGCUGUGCUUUGUCUUCCAGCGCCCCUUUGCUCAGCAGGCCAACAGCAUCGGUACCUGGCAGGUGGCCAUGGAGGUCAUGGGUAUGCUGGCAGUGGUAGUGAACUGUGCACUGAUGGGCACCCUUGGUCAGGUGCAGCGGCUCUGGCCUUCGCUCACUCCCAUUGAGGUGCUGCUUGGUCUGGUGGUGCUGGAGCAUGUGGUCCUCUGCAUCAAGUUUGCAAUUGCUUACGCCAUCCCUGACGUUCCCGAGUGGGUUGCUACUGAAAUGGCCAAGACAGAAUUUCGCCGAAGAAAAGCUGCCAAGGAUGCCAAGCUGACCACGGCUACCAGGGGCACCUGCACUUCUGAAGAUUUACUCAGCCCCGAACAUCGCUGCCUGUGGGACCCACUGAGCACUAGCGAGCUAGAUCCAGCCAGCCAGCCAGGUUCACUGCCCAGUUGGGUAGGACGUCUUCUGCGGAUGCCUGUCACUAAGCCAAGACAAAGGCGACGUACUAUGCCUACAUCCCAGCAGUAACAGCUUGAAAAAUUCCCACUGUGGCUGAUACCACAACACAUUACUGGUGUUAGACAGCACCUUUUCUCUUAAGAUGCUGGAUUGAAUGGGAGCAAGCUGCUCCUUGAGCGAAGUGAUUUUUUGGGCAGACGUUUGCCUGCAAAAGAAAACGACUGUUUAGCAGCAGUUAUGCCGACAAGUAUGCACAGCAGUUGUGUAACCAAAGCCACUGGUUACAUUCAGCCCCACUCACUUGCUAUGUGGAAAGUAAAUCACAUGAAGUGAUUUUUUGGGCAGACGUUUGCCUGCAAAAGAAAACGACUGUUUAGCAGCAGUGAUGCCGACAAGUAUGCACAGCAGUUGUGUAACCAAAGCCACUGGUUACAUUCAGCCCCACUCACUUGCUAUGUGGAAAGUGUCAUUGCACAUUCAGGGUGAUUCAGUAGUUUGUGUGAAGAUUUCAGAAAGUGGUAUACAAGUAUCAUAAUGAAAGAACAACUUGAUAUUACAUAUCUGGCUUGAGGUGGAACAGAAGUGUGAUACCAUCGCUCAUGUAUGCUAGAACAUAGGAGCUGAAUACUGGCACUUCUUGCUCAAGUGUACUUUCUCCUAAGGUUGUGUAAUGUGAGUACACAGAAGGCUGCAGCAGGUCAUUGCAAGGCAAAGUGGGCAGGCUGUUGCAACAUGAGUUUGUGGUAGAUCACCAUAAAAGUCAGGGAAGUGAUGAAUGUUGACUUAAUUACAUUAACAUGCAACAGUUAAACUGUAAAGGCUCAUUGUACUGUGACCUUUUGGUGGCACUUAGUACUCGAUUUUAGAGUCAGAACAGCUGCAUAAUACUUGCAGGCACUUGUCACCAGGUUGCACCAGCAUAAGUUUACAAGCUUUGAACCAACACAUGAUGCAUCACAUUUGUCAGUCCAAUACAGGUGAUAGUGAGAUAGUUCUGUCAUUGUGCCAGUGUACAACAAGCAUACCAAAUCUGUCAGCUAUGUGCAGUGCCAGUGCCAUGCUAUCACCAAUGACAUUCAUCUCUGAUAGAUGUAGCUUACCUGCCUUCAUUUGCUGGCACGAAACAUUGUGGAGCACUUUGGUGUAACUUGAGAUUGUCACUCUCAUCCCUGAUUGUGCCAGCAUUGCUUAAAUAUGAGUGAAAUCCGUAAAGUGCCAUUUAGCAAAUAUCUGAGCGGAGCUUUAAGAACCCAAAAGGGUCCUGAAUUAGCACUAAACACUAGGUUUAUGGCCCACAUCUGUAGUACAUGCUAGAGUGAUACCAUAGCACAUGACGCACAUUUCACCAUUAUUAGUGUAAACACGACCAGAUGAAGGGCGUGACAGAAGUAUUGGUUGCAGGAAAAUUGCCUUUGUUUGGAAGCAUUAGCUUUUUAGCAGUGUUCUACAACUUGAAGUUGUGUUGGCCAUUACUGGCUGUUGCUCACUGCAUUGUAAAUUAUCAGGUAGGCAAUGGUUUCAACAACUACUGCAGUGCAUUUUGCAACAUUGCUUCAGGCCCUCUUCUGAUUUUUUCAGUUUGCAUGCUUUGGUGUAAAUGCUGUGGUGUGCUUUUGUAUGUCAUAUUCAGUCAAGCAAAAUCACAAUAAACCUGGCCUAGCCCUGCACCAGGAUAUCUGCACAGUUCGCUAUUACUAAUGGCAUCAGCUCAGCCAUUUGUUGACUGUAAUAAGGCCACAAACAUCAGCUUUUGCUUCAGUGUGAAGCCAAACUGUCCUUGCAGUACUUUUAUUGCAGUGCUGCCAGCGAAAUAAUGUGGUGCAGCAUCCUACCUGUGACAUUUUCAUGAAUCAGUUCACUUAUACUGACUGACAACGAAGCAGGCUCCUGGUACUAAGUGCUGUUGCAUGCCCACCUUUUGUCUCCUUUUGUCUUGUCUUUCUUUUGCAAACUUGAAGACUACACACACUAGAAAGAAGGCUACUGAUGAAAUGAAUGCCUAAUUAACCCUGACCUCCGACAUGUCAUCCUGUCAGCCUUGCCUUACUGUGUUGGAAUUAUAGCUUGAUAGCAUCUUGAUGAUACAGGAGUUCUUAUGGGAAGUGCUUCUACAUCAAAUGCAUAAAAGCAUUGAGAUUGCAGGUUGCAAAAGUCUGGAAUAAGUGAGGGCGGCUCAAAAUAUGGGUAAUGGACGCAGGCAUCAAUUGGUCAUCUUUCAAGUUUAACAGUAAUCUUUCCUCAAGGAGCAGUUGCUUUCACACAGUUGCAAAACAAGAUCAGUAAAAUGCCAGAACAUGCGUGGGCUGUACUGGUAUGAGUGCAUUACUCUCUCUUAGUCCUAACAUGCAUUCAGUUUACAGUCUUGUUUUCCAACUGUGCCACAGUGAGUGCUCUUUGAAAGAACUGUUCAAUAAACAUUGCAGUUGAAAACUGUUGUCUGCCAUUUGCUUAUUUUCUGUACAUACGUUUUGCAAGUCAUUAAAGUGAACACUUAGUGCUCUAUAAGAGGUUAAAAGUCUGUAUAUGCUCAUGUAUAUGUGCUCAUGAAGCGGUCACGAGAUAAUGAAGCAACCUUCCUUGAUAAAGAAGAAAGUUGUUCAUGCUCUAUGAGUACAAAAACCAGCAGUGCGAGCCUUCUAAACAAGACAAGACAGGUGCCUCAUCAUUGUCUGAUGACUCGCAGUUUACCUUUUAUGAAAUGCGCAGUUGGUUCAGAAGUUCACUGUUAGGCCCAUGGCCAGCAGCUCAAAAAUUUAUCCAAACACUUCUUGCUGUGCUUUCAAGACUGCCAUGUCAGACUUCAACAAGAGUUUUACUGUUUCUGUGUACACUGCAGUGUUGCAGGAAAAGUAAGAAAGCAAAGUGUUGCCAUUGUUAUUAUAAGUCUUUCAAUCUUUCUACAGUCAGUCAUGAUACAGGAUGGCAUUGAGCAAGACUAUGAAUUCUUCAGGAUGUACAACUGAAGCUUGCAUGUGCUUAAGGUGUGUGAUGUCACUGUGGCAUUGCAGAAGUGUGUAUUUUCUCUCUUAACUUUUGUAACACUGAUAGAACUAUGUCACUUGUGCUUGUUCCUGGUGCUGCCUUCCUCUUACUGCUAAGCUUUCACUCUUGUCUUUGAUGCUUGUGGGUAAUGUAGCCAUUAGUAAGCAGUAAAAACAAAGUGAUCUUUUCCAGGAUGGAUUUGUUGUCAGAUGGCGUGAUACACCACAAAUAAUUCCAGAACAUUAUUUAUUAUGAGCUGUUCUAUAUUCUACAAACAACACACAACACCCCGUGACAUCAGAGUUGCAGCACAUUGUUUGAAAGUAGAUGACACUGAAGCCUGGAUGUCUUCUCUUGUUCAAAGAAGGUACCGAUUACUGCACGCUUCUCUAAUCAUAUGCAUGUUUCAUGCACUGAGGCAUAUUAUUAUGGCCAUUAUUUUAUAGCUAAAGUAUUUAUUCAUGAGAAAUGUUAUUGAGGUUUUAACCUGAGCUACAGGGUAAAAUAUGGUUAGAGAUGGGCUUGAAACAUUUUAUUGAGCUCUCGUGUUGGCCUAGUUGUUCUGCAUAUAUUUGUGAGGAUCUCUGCAAUAUAAAAGCGACUAACUAUCCAACAUAUAGUACUAGUUUUCUCUGACUAGCUUGCAUAAUAUUACAAGCUCAAGCAACAUACUCAAACAGUUGCAACUGCACAGCACAUGUGGGCAUUAUGUGUGUCCGCAUUUAUGUAAUGUGUAAUUUUGCUGGAUCAGUAUUGACAUAACUCUCGAUGUACUCUGAACUUUGUACUUAUGCUUACACAAUAUUACAGCAAAAAUCACAAGCACAUGCUUAGCUUCCUUGGGUUCUUGUUUCUUUUGCAAUCUUGCUAAAAAAUAGCCUUGAUGUUUGUAUAUUCUGGCUUAAAUAGCCACACCAGGCUUAAAGCCUGUCAUAAAGAAUGUGCGGUAUUUACUAUAAAACUUACAACUUGCAACUAUGGAUGUUUGUAUCACAACGAGACAAACAGGUACAUUAACGACCAGAGACUGUCAUAUCUAUAGUUUAGUCUAGACCUUACUUCUGGUUCACCCAACUGCUUGAAAUUUGUGCUACAUGCAUUCCUUAUUCUGAACAUGUGAUCUGGUCUGUUUUCUGUCAUGUUUCGCUCGUCCUUCAGUCACACAAAAUGCACAAUCAUCCUCACUUUUGUGCCGUACAGCUUUGUGCUCGAUAGUAAUAGAUGAUCACUUUUUGGGUUGCUUACUUUACUUUGGGGACCUAGUUGAUAUAGUACCACUUUUUUAUUUUCCUCUUGUCACAUGUGCUACUUUUUCUUCUUCCGCACUCAUUUAGCUCACUCACAUUUCACUAAACUGAAUACAGUUAAACAUUGAUAUAACGAACUCAGUAAAAUCGGCAAUUGCUUCAUUAUAUUGAAAUUUCUUUGUAUUGAAAUUCGACCUACUAUGCAAAUAAGUACAGUCGUCGAUCGAUUUUUUUCUAAAAGAAAAGGGGCCACAGAAUUUUUUGAACGACCGGGCAAUUGAAAAAGCAAACUUAAAAUGAUAAAACAGUUCAUUUUGAUGAAUUUGGUAGUCAGCAACGAAUGAUACGAUUUCAUGCCACGUCAACAAUAUCUUCACAUUCUUGACAUUUGUUGCUCUGGAUGGCAGCCAUUUGCAGUGAUAUUGCGGGCAAGGUGCAGCUUGGGCUGAUAAAGAAGCAUGCAAAGAAGUAGAGUUGACAUAGAAUUGCUGGCAUAAGAGUAGAUCACGGUCAAGCACGCACAAACAAGGACAAGGCAUAAGAGCUGAGUCGGCCUAGUUGGUGCUGAUUCAUUAUUAACUGCAGCGGAAUAUGAAAACAAUGGACAGAAAAAAAGUCAACACAGAGAGCGCUCUGUGUUUUAACCUUGUCUCUGUCAAUUGUCUUUGCAAUUAAUAAUUGAAUGGAAGUGUUACAUCAAUCCAGUAUUGGAUUGUCGCGACCCUGUGCCUUCAUUCUUGAGUAAUCUCGGAGUUAUAUUUUGCUUUGACUAACAAUGAUGUGUUCUUGUUGCAAGGUAUAUUUCCUAUUAAUGUGUUCAUUCCCUUCUUGGGAUUUUUAAAUAAUUCUUUGCUACCUGCUCAUUUAUUUCUACUGAUGACAAUCUUGCCAAAAGUGUACUGUUUUCGGGUGUAACUGCAACUUGACUUUUCUGGGCUGGUUCAAGGGAGACAAAAAUGUUUUGGGUCUGUUUAGUCUGGAGCAGGAGGCUUUCUUUCAUCGUUAUUGGUCUGAAUUAAGUAUUGUAUUUUUAAUUUCCUCUUGCUAGCCACUAUGGCAUGUGCUGCAUUGUUAUGCUGUGCCCCUCCCUCCCCACUGGAAACAGAUAAAGUGACAAGUAUACCUUCAAUUCUGUGGUAGCGUUUCACUUAUUUACAUUUUUUUCCACUUUUGCUAACUACAUCUGCAAAUGUUGCAAUCAAUGUACAUUAUUUUUCAAAAUUUCUGAUGAGAAUGGAAUACUUCAAGUCUUUCUGAUGAAGUUACGUUAACUCUGUCUCUACAACCGUAGAAUUUCAUUUGAAGCAACUGAAGAUGAAUCAAGCAUGGUGCAAGACAUAAUUAUAGCUUACUACAUAAAGACAUAUGCAGACCCACUUGUGUUUAAAUGAAUACAUGUUGAGCAGUUAUAAAAUAGAUGUACACUAUCCUUGUUUGCAAAUGUAGCAGAUGGGUCAGUGUUUCGGUACCAGUCAGCAUACACACCAGCCUAAAUAUAUUCGUUGUAACUACAAUGUGACAAUAUCAAAUGUGAGCAGGUUUUGACUAUUCAUCUUUUGCAAUAAGCCAUUUCUUGACCACGUCUCUCCGUCCUGUGAAGUGUAGAGGUUUUUGAUUUAACUGUAAUCUGCUAUUUACUUCGAACUACAGCUAUAAACAAAGCAAGCCAAACAAAAUUUUGAGAUUGGUUUGAAUUAGAGGUGGGAAAAUAUCAACUUUUUCAAAUACGAAUCGAAUACAAACAGUAAGUAUUGAAUAUUGAAUUAAAUGCUGUAUAGUGAGACGUAGUCUCAUAUACUUAAAGCAGGAACACAUAUUUCACUAUAAUUAGGUAUGCUGCUUGUACUUUCUUGUAAAAAAAGACCACUCACUAUCGUAGACAAUUAGGAUCCAUUUUGAACAUAAAAUUGCCAAUUGUCAUAAAAAACUGCACGAAUACCCUCUGAACAUCUUUAGAGCCAGAUUGCAAGCAAGCCUUCCAAGGAUAUAUAGCUGGUAAAUAAAUGUUUACCAAAAAGAAAAAUUAGAAGUUGUUGGGGAAAAAAAAGGGCUGCUGAAGGACUUGUGUGCUGUUAUCAUGUGUAUAAGGGCCCUUUGUAGAGAAAGAUUAUUAUGUGACUAGAGUACCAAAUACACUAAAUGACAGACUAUGAGCAAAAAUCACAGGUUGUUGUGGACACGUGCAAGGUUCUGUCGUGAAACCGAAAAAAAAAAAAUCUUAAUUACUCAUUUUGUCACUGUGUGGCUUCGAAAACUUUUGUAGUUUCACUUCCGGCAAUUUUGGACAGUUUUCUCAGCAGACAGAACAGUAACCAGACUUUAAUAGUCAGUUGUUGCAAAAUGCCUGGCCAGUUAUGAUACCUUAAAAUAUCAAAUAGUUCAUUUUCAUAUACAAAUAUGAAUAGUUAGUGCAUAAUACUAUUUUAUUCAUAUUCGAAACUUUGAAUAUUUGCCUACACCUAAUUAGAAAUAAACAGGACUUCGAUUAAUUCUUGUUUGUAUUAGAGCAAAUCUACCAUAUUAGAUUGGACAGCUCGAGAAUUGGAGCAUGCUGACAUAAAGAAGUGCCGUCUGUGUGUUUUCUUUCUGCAAGUCUGUUCAGGCAUCCAACCUUUCUUUCCACUAGCUGUGUGCCCCGAUUAGGCAUUAUCGAAUGCUACAACAGCGGAAAUUUGCAAAAGCCAUGCAAAAGCCACUAGGAUUGCUAACAUCUACAAUGCAUACUUACAAAUGGGAAAAUAUAUAAAGUAUAAAAUUUUAUAUUUGAAACCCACAUUUCUCGGAUAUCAGUGUUCAAUCCAACCAAAAAAGUCACAGGCCUGCACGGCACAUGCAACACAGUCACAGCAAAAGAUGGAGGAGCGGCUCCAUAGGAGCUCCAUUUUCGGCAGCACGCAUAGCAGGGCACUCGCAGCGAAGUCCCUUCGUGUGAUUUUCAUGAGAACGAUCAGAACUGUCCGCCCGGUGUCAACAGUGAGCUGUGGCUUGUGCAGCUCUCUGCACAGCAGUCUGCUGAGUCCGACGUUGCCUAGUUGCAGCUGUGCGCAUAGCUCUACGAUUUGCUUCUUCAGUGGCGGUUCGUACCUUGCGAGGAGGUGCCAUACCGUGUACUGAAGAAUACACACAUGCAUCCAGACAAUGCCGCACACAUGUCACAUCCCUUGACCCAUGGCACGAUAUGAUGCAACUGCUAGAUGUCAUGGCACCUGGUGGAAUACAAUGCAACUGCAAUGUAAAGUUUGCAUGCAUCAACGCUACGCGGCAUGCAUCUCGCAUCGCGUGACAAGUGGCAUGAUACGAUGCUGCUGCUCAUGGAGAAAGAAAAAAUCUAGGAGGGAGCAUUAAAUCAUGUAGCCAGCAUUGGCAAACACACUGUGAAGCCACAGUACUGGCCCAACACGUGACCUCUUGUGUCAAGAUCGCAGAGCAAGAAUCAAGAUUUGCCGAGGUGUUUGAUUCCCAGUAGCUAUGCCAGUAGUUUGGCACAUUUGUUCGGCUGCUCUGCUGUGGCUCUGCCUGCAGAACGGGAACCAUGGAGGAACGAAAAAGUGAGGAGGGAACAUUAUGUCACGCAGCCAGCCUUGGCAAGGGAACGCUCUGUGAAGCCCAUAUAUUUACUCAGUGGUGGCUCAACACGUCACCUGUUCCAUUGAGAUCAUGGAGCAAGAAUAGAGAUAUGCUGAGACGUAUGGUUCCCACUAGCUAUGCCAGUAGUCUUUAUUUGGUGUGUGCUUGUUUGGCUGCCCUCCUAUGGUUCUGCCUACAGAGUGUGAACACUAAAACCAAAUGCACGCUUUGAUGUGCAAUCAAGUGUUGGGCCGACAGGUUGGGCUUCAAUUACGUUGCGGUAUGCUCCCUCCUAUCUUUUCUUUUUUCCUCCAUGCUCCUGCUGUUUAUGAUGUUGAUGGUGAUGACUUAUUGGCAUCCCCUUUGAAACAGGGUAGUGACAAAUAUUCAUCUAGCCUGCUUGAUUUAAUUAGGUAUGCUAUACAUAUUUUUCAUACUAGCAUUUUUGUACACAUCUGCUUAAUAUUUUUUUUUCUUCCUCAAACGUUCUCUACCUGCCUUGUACCGCUACCUAUGCUGGAUGAAUAAAUGGAUGGAUGUUA